CAAUUGAAAACAAUGAUGGCGGCCGAUUGUUAAGUGAUGGAAGUGUAACGUUAACGGCAUGAGUUUUAUUAACAAUUCUAUAGUUAAAGUUGUACUAAAUACAUUUUUAACAUUAAUAGUGAACAUAUGACCAAUUAGUGUAAUAAUUAUAACUAUCAGAAACCAUGGCGCGAGAGUUUGACCACCUUUUCAAACUGCUGAUUAUCGGUGACAGCGGUGUGGGUAAAAGCUGUCUUCUCCUGCGUUUCGCCGACAACACAUUCUCCGGUAGUUACAUUACUACGAUAGGGGUCGAUUUCAAAAUAAGAACUUUAGAAAUAAACGGUGAGCGAGUGAAGCUACAGAUAUGGGAUACGGCGGGGCAGGAGAGGUUCAGGACGAUAACCAGUACAUACUACAGAGGUACGCACGGCGUCAUCGUGGUGUACGAUGUCACGAACGGAGAGUCCUUCGCCAAUGUCAAGAGAUGGCUGCACGAGAUCGAACAGAAUUGUGAUGUUGUUAAUAAAGUCUUAGUUGGUAACAAGAAUGAUUGUCCGUCAAGAAAAGUAGUAGUGACUGAGGAUGCCCAGAGGUUCGCCAAUCAGAUGAACAUACCGCUAUUCGAGACAAGCGCAAAGGAGAACAUUAAUGUAGAGGAAAUGUUUCUCACUAUCACUAAAAUGGUACUAAAAUCGAAGCUCGACAUGAAGGAGAGGCAAAAUGUUACAAAAGACACGGUACAUUUAAAGAAUAAUAUCAAAACCAAAAAGAAAUGUUGCUAGUGGUAUACGCACCUCACUGUGCCACGGACAAUGUUCUCGAUGCUCAAAUAUGGAGAGAUUUGUUGAACGACCUAGCAGGUUGUCUGCUACACCUGUUAUUUUCAUUUUAUGAAGGUGAAGCUUUAUGGUUUGAUAUUAGGAUGAUAAAGGGAGACCAUGCAACAGAGGGCAGACCUUUGGAUAACAUAAAAUUAAAAUUGAAACAAAGAAAAUAAAGUUCAUGUCAAACUCUUGAUCAUUUUACAAAUGAGGUUUCAUAUGAAAAAGUUCAGUGUCUAUGGUAAACAAAUCUGUUGUCUGUGGUCACCCUUCCAUUUGAAAUUAUGCACUUAUAUUGUUAAGUGGUGCUAAUUUAAUAUUGAUAUUAAUUCAAAGGAACAUGUGUGUGUUUAUUUAGGUUACAGCAAUAGUUCUGUGAAAAUUGCAUUUGUAUGAGUACAUAUCUUAUUAUACUUGAUUGUACAUUGCUAAUAAGUGCUUGCCCAAGGACGAGACUAAACCAAUUAUAAUAACUCAAUUAGAAACCGACCAAAAUAUAGCUAGUUCAUACAAAACUUGCUAGGUUGAACAAUCUCAAGAGCAUGUACAUACUAUGGAUUUAUUUACUCCAAAAAUUAUUAGAAUAUAACGAAUGCCUAGUUAAUGAAUGAGUGUAAUCUAAUUAUCAAAAUUUAUGUGAUGGUUCGACGAAUGUUUAGUCUAAGGAAGUAUACCAUUAAAUGUUAUUUUUUAUUAAAUGAUAAUCAUUGAAUAGUGGCUCGUUGAUCGCUUCGACGGCCCUCAUCACGCAUUAAAGAAGCUAUAGGUAACAUGAGAAACGUCUAGAAAAUUCUAUGAUUGCUGAGGAUAUUGAAAAUUACUGUUUUGUUGUAGUUUUGUAGCUAGCUCUUUAUGACUGAGUGGUUCCGAUUCUGUGGCCAAAACUUGGUCGCCAAGGUUUGUGCCAGUGUUGGCAUAAGACCACAAAUGUUGGUAAAGAAUUCAUGACAGAAUACAAGCUAUUUGUGGCUACAAAACAGAAGUCCAGAAAUUAAUGAAAUUGAUCUAAAACAUGUAACAAGUAUUAUUUCUUAUGAAACAUUACUGAAACCGCGUAUUCGAUAGAUCUAUAAAAGUUGAAUCCAGUGUAUUUUCAGUGAGAUAUUUAUAUUUUUUUAAUUAUUUUAAUAUUGGCAUAGCGUUUACAGUAUUCUGUAUGAAAUUGAAAUUCCAAAUUAAUUUAUUAUUAACUCUUAGGAGAUAUUAUUUACAAUUAAAAGUAGUAGUUUCUGCGUAUCUUUUGAAUUGAAGUAAUUACGGGAUUUUAGAUGCUAUUCACCAGAAACGUGAAUUUAAAAUAAAAUAGCAUGUCUAGUUUGCAUUUUUAAAUUCCAUUUUUAAUUUUGUACAAUGUAAAUGUUGAAUUGAUUGCAUUUGGCUAACAGCACAGUUAAAGUAAGUUAUCCCUAAACUAUCUAUACAUAUCAGAAUGUUAGAUAUAACAACUCGGGAAUGGAGUGGCGUUAGUAACAAUUACGUUUAAAAUAGUACACAAUAUAAGUGACAAUAGUUAGAGCCUAAACAGGAACAAUUAAUAAAGUCCAAUAUAUUUUGUAGGAAGAGAAAAAGGAAUUCUACGUUCAAAAAUGUCCGUUAGGAAAAGGUGCGACCAUAUUAUCGCUCUAUUACAUUCGAUAGUAUGUCUGCACCUUUACCUAUAUAGUUCUGUUGUAUUUGCGAUAAAGGUUUAUAGUAAGGAGUAUUUUUGCAGGCGUUACCUAGUUUAUGGAUAGCUUUCAAUCUACUUGCAAUUUGGUUACAUAAUUAUCUUCUCUUUUAUUGCAAGUCACAUCACCUUCCAAUGCAAAGAAAUCAUUAUAAAUUGUAACUAAUUUAUUUAUUUCAAAAACACUGUGAAAAUCGUGUCGUUGAUUUGUGCAUGGAAAAUAUCGCAAUAACUAUCUUGUAAUGUGUUUGUCGUCUUAUGGAGUUUUGGAUUAGAGAAUAUAUUAUAAAACCAUUUAAUUUUAAAUGUACCGCUUACUAAAAAUGCGUCGGAUUGUGUCUGUAUUGUCUUCCCUCAUAAAACCCCGUGUAAUCAUUAUCUUGUCCUCACCUCGAGCCGUUUUCGACACAUUUUUAUAAGCCUGUGUAUCUCAAAAUAUAGUUUUAGCUUUGGACUGAACUUUAUUUUACAGCAGUAUAUAAUAUCUUAUGGCAUUUUUUACUUUAAGAUUUUACAGUAUGAAACCCCUAUAGUUUGUGAGCUAAUUUUAUUAAUAUACUUGUGUAAUAUUUGAGCAAAAGUGGCUUAUACUACAUUUGAGUUGUAAGAAUGAGGCAACAUUACAUAUAUCUCGAAUAAUUGAAACAUUAAUUGUGUCGGUUAGGCUACUUUUGCUGUGGAAGUUUGCCAAAAGACUUGCUUGAUUUUGACGCUACCAUCAGCGCCGGCUACGAAGUAAACUCUUAUACCAUCAACAAAAUCUACCAAGUCUGGAAGCAUCGUUGUACUGGACUUGAAAACCUUUUAUAAUUGUGUGCAAAACCAAAAGUAAGUUGUUUAGCUGACAAUCAUUCCGUACACAACGUUUGUACAAUCAUUGACGGUGGUUUUAAUAAUAAUGCGUGAAUUGUAACGCGUCAUUACUCAUUUAUUAUUUAUGGAAAGUAUUGUUUAUGAGUCAUCAUUUUGUUUUAAUACAUAGUUGUAAAUAUAUCCCCUAUUUUCAUCAUAAUAA